AUGACAGUCACCACGAAGCACGGCAUGUACGGACCGAGCCCCAUUGCAAGACUUCAAGGUUUUGAUUUGGUUUGGGGCAUAGUGCCCAAUUACAUGCAUUGUGUACUUGAAGGUGUUGCGAAACAACUGACAGAGUUGUGGUUUACAAGCACAGGCGCAGCUUUUUACAUCGGAAACCAGAUGGCUGCUGUAGACCGUAGACUGGCAAUGAUCCGUCCCCCAAAUCUUUUCGCUAGGGCCACACGAUCGGUUAGAGAAAGAGCUCUAUGGAAGGCCAAAGAGUGGAGGUACUGGAUGGUGUACUAUGCUAUGCCUUGCCUUCAUAGCAUACUUCCACACCACUACCUUGCACACUUCACACAUUUGUGUCAGGCAGUGUUUCUGCUGUUACAGAAAAGCGUCCACAGGGAUGACAUCCAAGCUGCUGAAGGGCUUUUGGCACGUUUUCUCCAACAAGUGUCUGCCCUUUAUGGUCAAGGUGCAGAAACCUCUAACAUGCAUCUACUUAUGCAUUUGCCCAAAAGUGUUAUGCAGCUUGGCCCUCUGUGGGCUUCAUCCAUGUUCCCAUUCGAAAGUGCAAAUGGGGCACUUCUGCGCCUUGUAACCGCUGCUAAAGGCGUUCCUCUUCAGGUUGCUGAGAGGUGGGCUAUGAAGCACGCACUGGCACGAUUUGGUGAAAUGACCAAUCUCCCAGCUAACUUUGACCAACUCUUUCUCAUGUUUCUCAACAUUCAGAAUGAUUCCGAGGACGGUGUCCUGGGCGUUCCGCAGGAAGUGUCGUUAACAGCUGCUGUGCAUAGCCUUCUUGAAUGCCAUUUUGGCCAGGUACCUACUCUUGAAAGACAUCUAAGAACAAGAGUAGUGGGGUUCGAAAUCCACAGUCGUGAGUACACGCGCCCUAAGAAGACAUGCACACAAUUUGUAAAAAUGCGAGAUGGUACGUAUUGUGAAAUUCAGGCUAUCUACAAGACUGUAAGGACUGGUGAAAUUUUUUUAGUCUGUAAGAGCCUGAUUCUUGAAGAUUUUGGAACUGGUAGCGUGAAGUACCUACAUAAGUGUAUUGUGCCCCCUAAUGAGGAGAAUUUAGUUCUCUUCUCCUCUGACCAGAUUGAGUGCAUCUGUGUUUUCAUUGAACUUGAAGGUGAAUCUUAUUUGUGCGGCAUGCCCAACUUUUAUGAGAAAGAAUAA